UCGGUAUUUGCGUAGGAGGUCUGCCGACGUUCAUUUCAUAUUCCAACGCGGUGUUUUUGGCUCCAAACGGGAGGCGCAGUCACGUCUCCGCCUUGAUAUGUGCCUGGCCUGCCCGCCUGCUCAGCGAGUUUAAUCGGUAAAAUGUUUUUCUGGAGUAGUGGAGGGGACUCCAGCAGAGAAAGGACGGCGAGAAGUGGACGACUACUUGUGGCUCGCUAACCGCCCGGGCGGCGGCACAUUUACCGCGUAUUCACACAUGUAUUCCGGCUUUUAAAUGUAGAGGUUGUGCUUAAGUGCGCAGCAUUUUUUUUUUUAAUUUAUGUACUUUUCAUCGUCGGAUAUGGAAAGUGUUCAGGCUGUCGCUGAGGAUGGAUGCGCGACCAAGUUAAUGAAGAAGCCCAGCGGACUGUCUGCCGCUCGCGGCACUCCAGCGGCGGCGGCGGAUGAUGGCGUUGGACAUUUAGCAGCCUCCGUCGCAGACGCAAAGAACGGGAACAGCGCCUCUGCGAGUGUGGCGUCUAACGGCCGGGGCUCCUCCGCCGGCUCCGGCUCGCUCCUGCUCAGACGGAGGCGCUUGAAGAGGAACCUCUCCGCCGCUGCCGCAGCCACCGCGGCUGUCAGCGCCGCCUGCGGCGCCAAGAUGAACUUGGCCCUGUCCUCUGCGUCUUCCUUGCACACGCGGAGCCUGGACAGGAAGACCCUGUUGAAGCACCGGCAGAACAUGCAGCUGCAGCCCGUCGAUCGUGAGUGGGUGCGAGCUGAUCUCCACCGAGGCUGCAUCCACGUCCACGACAGACUGACGCCCUCCUUCCCCAGGCCGGUGCUCUGCACGAUGGACACCGCAGCCGGCGAGGUGGCGCUCCGUCUGAGCAAACUCGGCAGCAAGUCCGGCUCUGUGUUGCGCAUAUUUUGUAAAGACAACCCCAAAACGGACCAAAACGGCAACUGCCAUUCGAGGUAUCAGUUUAACAAUCAUCCACGCGAGGGGAGCGAAGAUACGAGUUUAAAAUGCGACCACGUGACUCCGUUGGAGGCUGCAGAGUUAAGGGGCCACCCGAAUGACAGGUUGAGACUGUUGCUCAUGGAGGAUGUUGAUGGGAAACUUUUCUCGCCAGAGUCAGACUCACAUGACAACAUAACAUGUUCCCUGUCAGAUUUAAAUUCCACCAUGGGCACCCCACAUGAUGAUGAUGAUGAUGAUGAUGAUGACUCGGAGCACAGGAACGGUGUGGACAGCUAUGCUUUAAACUCUGGUUCAGAUGUGGAGAGCAGUGCAUUUGAUGACCUGAGCUCUGGGGCCCGGCUCAGCGAGCACAGGGACUCCCUCAGCGAUGACAUGAUUCUGGGCACUGAGGCGUCCAUCCUCAGCCCGUCCUUUGAUAGUGCCACAGAGAGCCAUGACAUUUAUGGCAGCUCCUCAGAUGAACUGGAGCUCGACGGUCCCGUCUCGGACACACGCGUCGACCCUGUCUCCCAACACCACACCAAUGGCAUCCCUACUGUCUCUUCCAGCUACCAGCAGUGCAGCAUAGGACGCUUAAACGAUGUGACAAACGACAGGGGGCCUGAUAGUAGACUCGGCCCGCGCAGUCUGGGCAGCCUGCCACCCAGCAGUAGUGCAGGCUCGUUGUCCGCCUGUUCCACAGGUAAUACACCUGAUGUCCAAGAUCCCAACUGUGGUCAGGGUGCUGCAAAAUCGGGGAUGACGGCUGGUCCCAGUGGUGACAUUUGUAAUUCCAGCCCCACACUGUAUGUUCAGUUGCAUGGUGAAGCUGUCAGAAGGCUUAGUCCAGAAGAGAGGCCUCUGCAGAUCCAGAGCGAUUUUCUUUUUAAGCUUGGAUUUAAGGACCCAUGGAGAGUACAAGAGGAAGGUCUCAACACUGAAAUUGGUUCCUUACUACGUUUCUAUGCUGGGAAGCCCCAAAGCAUUGAAAGUUCAGAGCGGGUUCAGCUGUCGGGGACAUAUAACGUUCGGAAAGGGAAACUCCAGCUACCUGUCAAUCGCUGGACCAGACGACAAGUCAUCCUCUGUGGUACUUGCCUCAUCGUCUCCUCUGUCAAGGAGAGCCAGACGGGGAAGAUGCACAUCCUGCCGCUUAUUGGAGGAAAAGUGGAGGAGGUGAAGAAGCACAGUCACUGUUUGGCCUUCAGCUCAGCUGGUCCUCAGAAUCAAACCUACUAUGUCAGCUUUGACAGCUUCACGGAGCACCUGCGCUGGCACAGACACGCUGCCAAGAUGGUUUCCCAGAGGAUAAACUCCGUAGAUCUGUCCUGCUGCAGCUUGGAACAACUUCCUCCUAAUCUCUUCUACAGCCACGACCUCACUCACCUCAACCUCAAACACAACUUCCUGCCGGCAGACCUGCAGCAACUGCAGAGGUUUUCUCGCCUGCGGAGCCUCAACCUCUCGAACAACCACCUCGGCCAGUUUCCGCUGGCUAUCUGUGAAAUCUCCACCCUGACGGAGGUCAACCUCAGCUGCAACUAUCUAGCAUCGGUACCAAGCUGUGUGGGAGCCAUGACCAAUCUGCAGACGUUCCUUUUAGAUGGCAACAGUCUGUGCGAGCUUCCCAAUGAGCUGGGGUCCCUCCAGAGGUUGUGUUAUUUGGGUCUUUCCUUCAACCUCUUCAGCCACGUGCCGCAGGUGCUGGAGCGGUUGGCCUCCAUGGAGAAACUUUGCAUGGCUGGAAACAACCUGGACACGCUCACCCUCCAGAAUUUCAGACUGCUCCGUGUCAAAUACAUCGAUUUAAGGUUAAAUAAGAUCUCCAGCAUGGUACCAGAUGAGCCUGACCUGCUGAGGCACGUGACCCAGCUGGACGUGAGGGAUAACAGGCUGCAGGAGCUGGACGCCUCCGUUUUCCCCAGACUGGAGGUGCUUCACUGCGAGAGGAACCACAUCUCCAGCCUCAAGGCCAAAGGUUGCUUGCUCAAAGGCAUCUAUGCCUCCAGUAACGAGCUGCGACAGCUUGAUGUCAAUCCUGUGCCCUCCAAUCUUAGUUACAUGGACAUCUCGAGGAACCGUAUGGAGUCUUUACCCAACUGGCUGUGUGAGGCAAAGAAACUGGAAGUUCUUGACGUCAGCCACAACCUCAUCAGUGAGCUGCCGGCGCGGCUGCUCUGCAGCAGCAGUCUGAGGAAGCUGAGUGCAGGACAUAAUCAGCUGCAGAAGCUUCCUGAAAGAGUGGAGCGGCCUCUGCUGGAGGUGUUAGAUGUACAGCACAAUCAACUGACGGAACUUCCUUGUAACCUCUUCCUGAAAUCUGACAGCCUCAGAUGCUUAAAUGCAUCAGCCAAUAAGCUGGAACACCUGCCUCCAUCCAGCCUAUCAGAGGAGAACCACAGCAUCCUCCAGGAACUCUACCUGACCAAUAACCGACUCACGGACAAGUGCGUACCGAUGCUCACGGGCCACGCACACCUUCGGAUUCUGCACAUGGCUUACAACCAUCUCCAGACCUUCCCAGCCAGUAAAAUGGCCAAGUUGGAGGAGCUGGAGGAGGUGGACCUGAGCGGGAACAUGCUGAAAACCGUGCCCACCACCAUCAUGAACUGUCGGCGGAUGCACACGCUCAUCGCCCACUCCAAUUCUAUCGAGGUUUUUCCUGAGGUCAUGCAGCUGAUGGAGAUGAAAUGUGUGGAUCUGAGCUGUAAUGAGCUGAGUGAGAUCACCCUGCCAGAAAAUCUGCCUCCUAAGCUUCAGGAGCUGGACCUCACUGGAAACCCUCGUCUCAGCCUCGACCACAAGACCCUCGAACAGCUGAAUAAUAUUCGAUGUUUCCGUAUUGAUCCGCCUCUGACUUUUUCAUCACAUGAGGCAUUGGGUGGACCUGCUGUGUGGAGUCAUGGUUACACAGAGGCCUCGGGCGUCAAAAACAAACUUUGCGUCGCAGCCCUUUCAGUUAACAGCUUCUGUGGCAGCCGUGAAGCGCUGUACGGCGUGUUCGACGGGGAUCGGAACGUGGAAGUGCCCUACCUUCUGCAGUGCACAAUGAACGACGUGCUGGCUGAAGAGAUACACAAGACUAAGAGUGAAGAGGACUACAUGACCAACACCUUCCUCGUCAUGCAACGAAAACUGGGGACUGCAGGGCAGAAACUGGGUGGCUCGGCAGCUCUGUGUCACAUUCGCCAUGACCCCACCGACCCCGGCGGCUGCUUCACCCUCACAGCUGCUAAUGUGGGAAAGUGUCAGGCAAUUCUGUGCCGUGACGGAAAGCCGCUGUCCCUGUCCCUGCUUCAUAAUGUCGGGCUUGAAGAGGAGUAUCGCAGGAUCAGGCAGCACAGGGCCAUCAUCACCGAGGACAACAAGGUGAACGGUGUGACGGAUUCAACGCGGAUCAUGGGUUAUUCCUUCCUUUACCCAUCUGUCAUCCCGAGUCCCUACGUGCAGACGAUCACGCUCACCUCCCAGGAUGAGUUCUUCAUCCUGGGCAGCCGGGGUUUGUGGGAUGCUGUAUCCCCCUCGGAGGCUGUGGAGGCUGUCCGAAACGUCCCCGACGGCCUGGCUGCUGCUAAAAAGCUGUGCACGCUGGCGCAGGGCUACGGCUGCACCGACAGCCUCAGCGCCGUGGUGGUCCAGCUGAGCGUGAGUGAAGACUGCUGCUCCUGCUGCUGCUCGGAGCCUCCACAGCCACCCCCCAGCCCCGGAUUGGGCCAUUAUCCUCACUCGUCCUCCUCCAUCAAGGAGCGGCCACUGGGAGCUCCAGAUGGGUCCCUUCCUGUUCCUCUGUCGUCCUGCAGUGAAAUCAGCAGCGAGAUCAGCACCAGCGAGAUGAGCAGCGAGGUGGGUUCCACCGCCUCGUCUGAUGAGCCGCUGCAGAGUUCUUUGGUGCUGCUGCACGAGCAGCCCCAUCACCCCCAUUUCCACCUGCACCACCAGGCCCACUCACUGCCACAGCACCAGCAUCCGCACACAGCCGCGCAACCCUGCCAGUACCUGUUUCCAAGUUCAGAGCUGCCAUCUGCCCGCAGCUGCUGCGGCCUCCAUCCAGCCUGCCUGAUGAGUUCCUUCCAGAGGCAGCUCUCUAGCGCCACCUUCUCCAGUGCCCUGUCUGACAAUGGGCUUGACAGCGAGGAUGAGGAGCCCAUCGCCGGGGUUUUCUCCAAUGGGAGUCGCGUGGAGGUAGAGGCAGACGUCCACUGCCUCACGUUCUUGUCCUCCUCAUCACCUCAAACAGCUUUACCAGCAUCCUUGAGCCAAGAGUGCAUCCCGCUGGCCCUUCCUCCGCCCCCAACACCUCCGUGCACCCCCGAGCCCAUUGAGGAAGGUGCUGAUAAGAGCCUCGGGGAGGUUGAAAACGGUCUGGAGAGAGACGAGUCGUGGCAGGGAGUUGUUGAGGGAGGGAAGAUGGCCAGCAAGAGGAGGGGCAAUGGGUCAGUGGCACCCCAAGAAAAAAGUCACAACCUGAUUGAGGUGGCGGCCGACGCGCCUUCAAAGAAGCCGGGGGGCUAUUUCACGGCGCCGGCCCAGCCCGACCCGGAUGACCAGUUCAUCAUCCCCCCCGAGCUGGAGGAGGAGGUGAAGGAAAUCAUGAAGCAGCAUCAGCAGAAACAACAGAAGCCCAGUGGGAGCGAGCAGCCCAUGGACUAUUACGACACCCCUCUUUGAAAAGAUACGCCUUCAGCAUGCACCCUUCUCCCCCCCCCGACCAUCGACUCGCACACUCUUACGCUCCAGAAUGUGGGCACGAAGGCUGUAAAAUGCACAGGAAAAAAGUACCCUCCUGCUUUUUUUCCUCCACGCCUUCCAGCACUCGGAUGUCCGCCGCAGCCUCUCUGUCAGAGAACAUGCACCGCGAUCUGCUCCUAGCAUUUAAGAUAUUAUAGAAAUAAACAAGCAAAAGAGCCCUUUAAUGACAGCCAGCCCUCUCAAACGCCCCGUGGACACGACUCCCAAUGUCCCUCAAUGUGCCCUAUACUCACAGACCGUGGGAGCGUUUUUACGUUAGCGUACAUAUGUAAUCAACACUAGUCUCUUUGCAGUAGCAUUAGCUUGCUUCAGCACUUGUUAAUAUGGAUUUUUAAAAAAAUUCCAUGAUUUUUUUUUUUUGUUUUGUUUUUUUUGUUUGUUUUUCUAAGAACUCACCAUAUCUUUUAAUGUGAAACCAGUGACGCAUAAUCUUUUUAUUAUCAGUCCGCUCCGCUGAACGGUACACUAGUUAUACCACACUUAACUGUUGUAGAUAGGGCACCUUAAAAUACUGUAUUUCUUCAGUAAAUCGUGGCUCUCGGCCGGUAAAAUGGCAUAGAAAUAUUUUAUAGAAAUUUGAAUUACUAACUCCUAGGAGUUGUAUAGUCUUUAUGGUGACACAGUCACUUUUACUAAUCUUCUCUGAGAGAAAUGGUGAUUUUUUUGUUUGUUUGUUUGUUUCCAAUGACUGUAAAUAAGAGAAAUGUUGUAUACUGAUGCUUUUAAAGAAUGCGUUCCUGUAUGUCGGUGAGGGUUUUGGUAGUAGGGAGGAUGUGUGGUUCACCCACAGAUUGCUGCAAUGGAGGUAUAACCCCCCCCAUCCAGUGUAGACCCACAAGUACCAAAUAUACACACACACACACACACACACAUAUGUAUAUGUGCAAUUGAAGAUCUGAAACCCCCAACAUUCCAUUCAGUAUAACUAAAAUUGCUAUGGUGUGCUCCACUUUGUUUGUGAUGUUCUGUAGCAAUCAGCGUAUCCAAUGCACACGUAUAGACGAGACUUUUGCAUGCACACCUGCAUGCACGGACACACACACACACACACACACACACAGAUACAUGGAGUUGAUGAUAGUACUCCCCCUGCCCCUCCCUCCUACAGUAACUGUUACCGCCGGCAUGACUGUGUCAAGUUCAGUAAUGCAAAUAUAUCCACAUGGAAACACAAAUGUUCCCGUCUUUGGUAUAAUAAAUUUUAAAUUUGUGAAUA